AUGGUUAUCAGAAAGUGCAACAUCUGUGACCGUCGCUUCAAAAAAACGGAGCAUUUCAAGCGCCAUGAACGAUCGCACACCAAGGAAAAGCCUUACGAGUGCAGCGUCUGCCAUAAGCGAUUUUCCCGCAGCGAUGUGUUGAGUCGCCAUGCCAAAGGGCACAAUGCAAAUGGUACAGCGGCGAAUGCAAGUCAAGCUCAGAAUAAACCGCGCGCUCCGUCAGCCUCCCAGCCCUCCAAUCCUCCUCAGCCAACGCCCGCUCCGCUCGACUCCUCCCGCUUCCUUCCGAUGGACAGCGAUACUCAUCCCUCUCACGGUCUUCCUAUUGCGCCGCGCGAUGUCUCGCUCUCUAGCCUUCCGCAGGUCCAGUCUUCGUCGUUGGACUUUCUUGCAGAUAUCUCCGCCCACCAUGCCCGGACCGAGCCGGACGUAGGCUCCAUGAUGGUCGAGGAACAACAGACCUAUUUUGGCUGGAACGAGAUGCCCGCUCCCCCGCCGCCUCAGCCUGUCGCUGCUCCGCCGUCAGAUCAUCAGACCUACCGAACGCCGAUAUUUGAUGCUAUGCCGAAUGACAUGCUGCAGUUUUGGUUGGAGCCGCGCGGUGAGACGGGUUCGCAUCAUGGGUCGCUUGACAUGCUAGGCGAGCCGAGUUUCAGCCUAAUGGGAGAUAAUGUUGCGAUUACUCCGGAACAGCAGUCCAGGCCUCAGCUCGAUGAUCUCAAGAGCAAGCAGACCGGUGAUAUUCCGAAUGAACGCUUCGCAAGAGUCCAGCGGUACUGGGUGGCCCCGUCGAACACCACCGGGAGGCUCAUGAACACCCUCUGGCGGGAUGUCGCCACCAGCGACGUUGAUAAUAUUUUCUCCAUGCAUUCAUCACAGUCUUUCAGCAGCCCAUCAGGACUGCUUCCAGGGUCCCGAUACGGCCUCGACGAGGAAUGCCGUCAGCAGUUGCAAGCGGCCUUCGGAAACAUCCGCCACAGCAAUCAACUACAAUCGCCGAAUAGUGCUCUAUCACCCACGUCCAAUUCACCAUUUGGGGGACGUCAGAGCUUCCCUCCAGCCGAAAUUUUGGACAUGGCGCUGGAUUUGUUCUUUCGCAACUUUCACCCGCUUGUCCCUUUUGUUCAUGUUCCGACUUUCUCGGCAAAGAACACUCGUCUUCCAGUGCUAUACGUCAUGUGUCUCAUCGGCAUGAUCAUGCUGGGGACGAAGGGAACGACAACUUUCGUCGCGAAAAACUUUUCCUAUGUUCUGGAGAGAAUCACUGCGGACCUAGCGAAGUGCUCUGUGGGUGUUGAGAACACACUAGGCACUCUGAAUACAUUUGCAGCAGCAUUCCUCUUCCUUAAUUUGGCGGCAAUGACCGGAGAAAAGGAACAUCUCGAGAAGUCGCAAAUGCUUUAUGUCAACCUCAUAUCGAUUGCGCAACGACAUGGCCUUUUCGCAGCUACUGAAGGUCAGAUCCUUGACAUAACCCUCUUUGAGGCGGUACCGGAUAUUGAUGUCAGGUGGAAGACGUGGAGCAAGGUUGAAUCCGUCAAGCGAUUAAUCACUGGACUCCUACUAUUGGACUCGUGGUACUCCUCCUUCCUAUCAACCAGCCCGAUUACAGUACCAGAUUCGAUUCAGCUCAUCCUACCGUGCAAUGAAGGCCUCUUCCGGGCAAAUGGCUCCAUGCGUUGGAUCCAGCUGGUCCGCAGCGGCAACCGUCUUCUGAUGCCAACCGUAAUGGCGCCUUCGGAAAACAUUACAGUGCCCGCAUUGGACAAUCCCGUCGACGACUUUUGCAUUCACGGAGUAUUAGCAAUGGUCCAGCUCCGAUUAUCAGAAGCGUACCAUCGUCUCUUGUCAAAUAGAGCAAGCUAUCCCUUUGCACCUUGCCAUACGUACGCCAUGGAUGGGCGCGCAAGAUGCUUACCGUCGCUCCAGCUGCAAAUAGCAGACAAGUACGGCGAAGUCCUUGAGCGCCUCAACCCCAAUGCCGCCAUCAUGUGGCACAACAUCUGCAUGACUCUAACAGCAGAUACCCAAAUCUUCGACCUAGCCGCCGGUCGCGCAGGAGCAGGACCCGCUAGGAAAGCAUUAGAUGACAUUGCGACGUGGUCACAAACACCAGCAGCCAGACGAGCAUGUCUCCAUGCCGCGCACAUCUACAAGGCAAUGACCAACCGUAAAGCAUCCGAUCAUACAAUGUUUCACUCCGUCUUCUCCCUCUUCUCCGCAGCUCUCGUCCUAGGUCUGUACAUCUUCAUGGUCCCCAGUCCCAGCGAGCUCCAAGUUGGUGGAACGUCAAUCGAACUACUGGACGACAUCGACUGGGAGCGUGUCGGAACAGAGGGGUUUACCAGUUUCAUGGAGCCGCGCGGUACGCAGACGUUCACGCCCUCGGACGAUCCAGCAGUCAAUUUCAUCCGCAACGGAGGAACGGUUUAUUUCCGCGGAGUGCCGUUUCAGGGCGGGUAUCAGUCUGCACGUCGCAUUUUGCUGGACUAUGCGGGUCUCCUCAAGGACGCAGGGAAGUGGAGCGUGCGCAAGUUCUCGUAUGUUCUUCAUAUCAUGAGUGAUGUGCUCAUGGAGGUCGAGUAG